CUUCGGAUAUUUUUUUCCUGAAGAGUCAUCCUUACUUUCCCUCAAGAUGACAAACAGUUCUAUCUUCUGCCCAGUUUACACAGAUCUGGAGCCAUUCACCUAUUUUUUUUAUUUGGUUUUCCUUGUUGGAAUUAUUGGAAGUGGUUUUGCAACCUGGGCUUUCAUACAGAACAAAGCAAACCAUAGGUGUGUGAGCAUAUACUUAAUUAACUUGCUUACAGCCGACUUCAUGCUCACUCUGGCACUUCCAGUGAAAAUCGUUGUUGACUUGGGUGUGGCACCCUGGAAGCUAAAGAUAUUCCACUGCCAAGUCACAGCCUGCCUCAUCUACAUUAACAUGUACUUAUCAAUUAUCUUCUUGGCAUUUGUCAGUAUUGACCGCUGUCUUCAGUUGACAUACAGCUCUAAGAUUUAUCGGAUACAAGAACCUGGAUUUGCCAAAAUGAUAUCGACCGUGGUGUGGCUGAUGGUCCUUCUUAUAAUGGUGCCCAACAUGAUAAUUCCCAUCAAAGACAUUGAGGAGAAGCCAAAUGUGGGAUGCAUGGAAUUCAAAAAGGAGUUUGGCAGAAAUUGGCAUUUGCUAACAAAUUUCCUAAGUGUAGCAAUAUUUUUAAAUUUCUCAGCCAUCAUUUUAAUAUCUAACUGUCUUGUAAUUCGACAACUCUACAGAAACAAAGAUAACGAAAAUUAUCCGUAUGUGAAAAGGACCCUCAUCAACAUACUUUUAGUGACCACAGGCUACAUCAUAUGCUUUGUUCCGUAUCACAUUGUCCGAAUCCCAUACACCCUCAGCCAGACAGAAGUAAUAUCUGACUGCCCAACCAGGAUCUCACUCUUCAAAGCGAAAGAGGCCACGCUGCUCCUGGCAGUGUCGAACCUGUGUUUUGAUCCCAUCCUGUACUAUCAUCUCUCAAAAGCAUUCCGUUUAAAAGUCACCAAGACUUUUGCUUCGCAUAAGGAGACCAAGACUCCAAAAGACAAAUCAAGUGGUGAAAGCAGUGCAUAAAACAUGGGAUUUUUCAUGCUAUCAAUUCUUGCCUCAGUGACAAUAAGUAGUGGGAAAGAGAAAAGAGAGCCUAAGUAGAACACAGCUACUAUAUGUGCGCUGGUUUACUCAGAAACUGUUUCUAAAUGUAAACCGAGCAGUACUCUUGUGGUUGUUAAUGCUCUUUAACCCACAUUUGUACAAAAAAACUAAAAAUUCCUGUUGAACUAACAUGACACCUUGCAUGGUCCUUGAAAUCUAAAGAAUUGUAUGACACAGACUCAGAGUCGUUCAUGAAGCAUUCAUUUGAAUACUGGGAACUGACUGCUGAUAGAAAUAUGCAAAACAAUCUCCAUGUAGGGUGCCAGAAAGCCCUUUGGCAACACAAUUUCAAACCCUUUAUAUCAUACCAAAUAAAGUCCAGCUGACUUUUACAUGAAA